CAAGGUUGAGUUGUUCUUAAGGGCAGACUUCAUCAUUCAUUGCCUAUACCUCUGGAACAUGUGUGGUCAAACAACAUGUGAUCAAAAGGAAGAACAAUUAAAGAGGGAGAACAUGCAAGUUUCAACAGUUUCUCUUGCCUGAGUCUACUAGAAAAGAAAAUAUUUCGCUCCCUCCUUUUCCCCUCUGCUGGGUUCAUUGAAUUAACUGAUAGCAAAAGUUGUCUGCAUUUUACUCAACAGAAGUAAUCUGAGAACCAAGAAGGAAAGUGGGAGGAACAGAAAGAGAGGGAAAGUGGGAGUUUUAAAAGCACCUAUAUUAUCCCUUCCUCUCUUCUGCCCCACCCACUGAGUUACUUGAGGACAAAUACUUUUUGCACUUUGAGCUUGGUUUGCAGCAAUUGAAGUAAGCUGAGGGCAAAAGGAUAAAGUGGGAGGAGGAGAAAUUGGGACAUUUGCAAAAGACCAAGAAAAAGGGAGAUGAUAAAGGAUUAUUGGACUGUUCCUGCCAAAUCAGGACAAUUGGAAGACGAAACAAGAGACAUUCAGCGUGGCCCUGGAAAUGACUAACCAUGUGGAGGUGCCCCUGGCAGAUGGCCCCCACAUCAUCUUGGAAGACUUGCCAAAACCUUGCCUGGAUAAAUACUGCGGGUGGCUUAUGCGAAAUGUACUGCUCACACUCACCAUCGUUGGAGUCAUUUUGGGAUCUGUGUUUGGGGGUUUACUUAGGAUGCUUCCACCUCUUGAUAGCGACCUGAUCAUGCUGAUAUCUUUUCCUGGAGACAUCCUUAUGCGCAUGUUGAAGAUGUUGAUCUUGCCUCUGGUGAUAUCCAGUCUCAUUUCAGGUCUGGCUGGCCUGGAUGCGAAAUCGAGUGGGCGAAUGGGGACUCGCGCCAUGCUCUAUUAUAUGUCAACCACAGUGGUGGCAGCCAUACUGGGUGUCAUUCUGGUCAUAUCCAUUCAUCCUGGCAACCCAAAACUCAAGAAGGGUCCUUCGGUGGUAUCAAAAAAUGAGGAUGUCUCCAGCUUGGAUGCUUUUUUGGACUUGAUCAGGAACCUAUUCCCAGAAAACCUGGUGCAGGCCUGUUUCCAACAGAUCCAAACCAUCUCAACAAAGGUGUCUGUACCACCAGUUGUAGUACGCAAAGAAAACAUCAGCCAGAUAGUCCAUACCAAUGGGACCGUGCUCAAUGCUACCGUCACAGAGGUCAAUGUGGGUCCCAGCACUGUCACCCAGAAACGCCUGGAGUUCAAGCCUGGAAUGAAUGUUUUGGGCUUGAUUGGAUUCUUCAUUGCCUUUGGCAUCUCUAUGGGAAAAAUGGGAGAACAAGCCAAGCCCAUGGCUGAUUUCUUCAAUAUCCUAAAUGAGAUCAUCAUGAAGCUUGUCUCCAUGAUCAUGUGGUACUCACCUUUUGGCAUUGCAUCACUCAUCUGUGGCAAGAUUGCAGCUAUCAAAGACCUGGAGAUGGUGGCCCGGCAGCUGGGCAUGUAUAUGGUGACCGUCAUUGUGGGUUUGGUGAUCCACGGUGCUAUGGUGCUGCCCCUCAUCUUCUUUGUCAUCACACGGAAGAAUCCCUUCAUCUUCUAUGCUGGCAUUUUCCAGGCUUGGCUUACUGCCCUUGGCACCGCUUCCAGUGCUGGAACACUGCCUGUCACUUUCCGCUGCCUCGAAGAAAACCUUAAAAUUGACAAGCGGGUGACGCGCUUUGUCCUGCCCAUUGGAGCCACUAUCAACAUGGAUGGCACUGCCCUCUAUGAGGCUGUGGCAGCCAUCUUCAUUGCACAAAUGAACAGCAUCAACUUGGACGGGGGACAGAUUGCAACAGUCAGCCUGACAGCUACAUUGGCUAGUGUGGGGGCAGCCAGUAUACCCAGUGCUGGGUUAGUCACAAUGCUUUUAAUCCUGACAGCUGUGGGACUCCCCACUCAGGACAUCAGUCUCCUCAUUGCUGUGGACUGGCUACUAGAUCGCAUGAGAACCUCCAUCAAUGUGGUAGGAGACUCCUUUGGUGCCGGCAUCGUCCAUUACCUCUCUUUGAAGGAGCUGGAAGUCAUUGAUGCCCGGGCCGAAGGGCGUGAGCUCGACCCCACUUCCCUGAAGCUGCAAGCCCUGGGCAACCACCAAGGGCCCCUGGAAGGCUCCAUCGGGUCAGGAUACACUGUCCUGCCCUGUGAGGAGGAGCUUCCAGAGAAAGUUGAUGCGGCAUCACAGUAUAGUGAGAGGGAUGAAGAGGAGCUUGCCAGUGACGAAGAGGAAGGAGAAGAGAAGAAAGAAGGCGACUAGAUCCCAUUCCCCGCUCACCCUCUUCUCUCCUCCACACACGCAAACUACAAUAGUCGCUACCAGCCUCAGCAAUGUAGAUGAUGGGAGCGAUCAAUGUGUGUGUGUGUCAUAAUACUGGUAUAAUUAUUAUCUCUAGCACUGAGUGAGACAUCCUUGGUUCGACUCCUACCGUUCCCUCCUUGAGGCAGCUAGAUCCACAUGCUGCCGCUGUACAUGUGUAUGUAGAUAUAUAUGUAUAUAUAUACACACACACAUACAACAGAGACUUGUAUAUAUUUUGAAUAUACCUUUUAUAGAUUACUUGGGAAUGGGAGGUGGGGUUUUUUUUUAAUAACACAUGCCUGUUUGCCCUUCCUAGAGAAAGGAAACUGACUUGUACCAGGUCAGACAACACUAGCCCAAUAUGUUGCUCUUUGGUUAAUUUCCCCAGGGUCUCUGGUUGAAAAGGUGAGGCUUUCAAAUGGAGAUGCCAGGAUUAAAUGUGUAGACUUUGCUAGGGCUGACCCUGUUCGGAGGCAGAAUUAAGGAGUUGCCUCACACAGCAAAUGGAAAUGGCUAGGGACCCUGGGAGAACUGUUCCAAGAAAAAAGAGUAUUUCCCUUUUUCUAUUCCCAUCGCCCAUGGGCUUACUCAACUGCCAGUGUGACCAACUUCUAAAAGUCAGUGGGGUACCAACAUAUCCUUUGUCAAAGGCAACAAAAUGUUUGGCCUGGCCUGGUGCUCUCCCACUGAAUCCCAAUCCUUCUCCAGUCAUCAAAACCCCAGGCACCCUGGUGAAAUUCUGGUGAAAGGGAUCAUCAUGUUGUCUUCUAUUUUUCUUUACUGCAGAUCAUUCCAUGUCCACUUGUCAGGUACUUAAUACUAAGUCGCAACAUCCGCUUAGCACAGGUGUCACCCUUUGCUCGAAUGCAGACAACCAGUUCCCAAAAAAGGAAUUUAUCCAUGUGUGCACAAGACUUCUUGUUAACUUGGUCCUAGUAAUUUGCACUGUAUCCAAAAUCUGAGGCACAGAAAGAGAGGAAACCGUGCAAUUUGGCAAGAUCCUACAGCCUGUUGGCUUAACAAAUGUUUACUAACAUGUACCACUUUGUAAAUAGUCGUCUGUAUUCAGCUCCACCCUUAGUCUAUUUAUUCAUAUUCUCCAUGGUAGUGAAAGAAAUGGAGUUUGAGGGGACGUUACUGAAAGGCAUUGGCUUCUUUCAAAGACUCAUACAAAUGUUCAGUGCUCUGAGAGUAUAGGAGAAAAUACUGUAUAAAUACUGAGUAUUGUUCAUAUUGUUAUCGUCAUGCCUAACUAAUUUAUCUCUUCACAGGCGGAAUAGGACUACUGUUUAAUGCCCUAAAAAGAAAUCAAUCAAAUUCAGGUUUAUGCUAUCCUGCAAAACACAAAUAUGCCCAUCAAAAUUUCUCUUUAUCCCUUGCCCAGUCAGCCUUAGCACCAAACGUUCAUGCAGUGAAACAACGGCCUUGGGGGGCAGAUAUGUGGCGGGAGAGCACACAUCCCUCUCUGCUGUACAGUCUGUCCUUUUCUCUGAAUCUGUUCAGGGAAAUCUAUAUAGUUGCCAAAAUUGAAAUAAAAUCCCGCUAGCUACUAUUCCAGUUGGGUUAUAUAGGUAAAAAUGGAAAGAAGCACCAUUUUGUCCUUUGUGUCAGGUAGUGGGAAGUACUUUUCUGCCCAUUUUUAACACUGAUCAUUUUGGGUAUGUCUUUGAAUUCUCCAACAGUAACGCAAAUUCAUUUCACAUAGGUGAAGUACAAGCACAAGUGCAGCAGGAGGAUUUUUCUGACUAUUAGUUGUCUAACAGUAAGCAAAACCCUCUUGCUAGAGUUUUGCACUUCUUUGCUCCUGCCUCUGCUCUUGAAGCAACUGCAACUGCUUUUGCUGAGAGCCUGGCAUAAUGGGUUGCUGUGAGUCUUUUUGGGCUGUAUGGCCAUGUUCCAGAAGCUUUCUCUCCUGAUGUUUCGCCCACAUCCAUGGUAGGCAUCCUCAGAGGCUGUGAGGUAUGUUGGAAACUAGGUAAGGGAGGUUUAUAUAUCUGUGUAAGGUCCCUUGCCUAGUUUCCAACAUACCUCAAACUCUAUGAGGAUGCCUGCCACAGAUGGGGGUGAAACGUCAGGAGAGAAAGCUUCUGGAACAUUGCUAUAAAAUCCGAAAGACCACAGCAACCCAGUGAUUCCGGUCAUGAAAGCCUUCGACAAUGCAUUGCCUGGCAUAAUAUUUGCGAAUCUCACUACAUUAUUGUAACUCAUGUCUGGGUUUGUUCAGGACAGGGAUCUGGAAGAGGUUCAACACGUUGGUUCUAAUUUAGUGUGUGUAGCGGCAAGGGGAGGUUGUGCCCAUCCCUGGAGAAGUGGACGAGAGAGACAGAACAGAUUGAAGGGAGCUGGUGGGGGGAGGCAAAGACGGAGAGACCGUCUGUCGGGCUUAAGAAACAGAAAGCCAGGAAUUUAAUCAAUGUCUAGGGACAGGCCAGAGGCAAUGACGCAAAGGAGAGCUGCACCAAUAUGGAAUUCAACUUCUUGGCGUAAUCCUGCGCAAUGGCUGCUGGCGCAGUGCUUUCCUUCUCCUUGCAGUUUGGUGAAGGGGAAGGUCAGUUGUGUGUGGAUGUGCGUGCAAAUGUCACACUAAGACAGAAAAUUGUGUGUGUACAGUUCCUUUUUUCACAUUGACGUUAUCUGUGAAGUCAGGUUAUGUAGAGUCCAGUUGGAGCAAAGUAAAGAAGCCAAGGGGUUUUUUUUUCCAACUUGGUUAAUUAAGUCAUGAAUAAAGGAAAGAGGAUUUUGCACUUCACUUUUCUUUUCUUUCUUUUUUUUUAGAAUUCAGCUCUUGAGCUCCCUAGUAAAGUGGAUGUCAAUUCCCUAUUUUUUUUCUAUUGGUUAUCUUCUAUGCUUCAACCUCAUGUGGCCAUCUUGUGUUCACACUGAAAAUUGCACAUACCAUUGAAAUAUUUUGAUAAUACAGGUAUACCUCGGUAGAGGAAGUAGGUGUAUUCUUGGGCAUUACUGUACAGUCAGCCUUCUUUAUCCACAGCUUGAAAUUAUGCAAAAAAGAGAGCAAAACUUGAUUUUUCAAUUUAAUAUAAGGAGUACAGUUUUAUUAUGCCAUUGUAUAUAAUGGGACUUAACUAUCCAUGGAUUUUAGUAUUCAUGGAUCAUCCUGGAACCAAACCCCAGUGGAUAUGAAGGGCUUGCUGUACUUCUUUAACAGAAGGUGCAGAAAUACAUGAAACUAAUUGGAAUAGUCUUCCCCACCACAAAAAGCAAUUCAGCCUAUUUCAACAAAUGUUUUAUUACAAACUAAUAAUAUACAUGCAUGAAACAAAACAUCCAGAUCAAAUUAGCCUUGAAUAAGUAAACAAUUUUUUUAAAAAAUAUCUGGUUAUCACUUAAAGCGGUGGCGCAGUGGGUUAAACCCUUGUGCCGGCAGGGCUGAUGACUUGAAGGUUGGGUUGCUGACCUAAAGGUUACCGUUUCGAAUCCAACCCGGGGAGAGCAUGGAUGAGUUCCCUCUAUCAACUCCAGCUCCAUGCAGGGACAUAAGAGAAGCCUCCCACAAGGAUGGUAAAAAUAUUAAAACAUCCAGGCAUCCCCUGGGAAACGUCCUUGCAGACGGCCAAUUCUCUCACACCAAAAGUGACUUGCAGUUUCUCAAGUCGCUCUUGACAUGGAAAAAAAAAUCACUUAAAGCCUUCUUCCAAAAUUCAUCCAGAGACUGCAGUUUCUUCCCACACCUUCCACUUUUUAAUAGUUACUGUGUCAGUGGCCAGUCUAUUAGAUCUACUGCUUCUUUAAAAUGCUGGGGAUACUGGUUUACUCUGAGUUUUUUGGACUAUAUGGUCAUAGUCUAGUAGCAUUUUCUCCUGACGCUUCACCUGUAUCUGUGGCAGGCAUCCUCAGAGGUUUGUUCAGACUGAAAUGUUAGGAAAUAAUGCUACUGGAACAUGGCCAUGCAGCCCAAAAAAUUCAACAGCAACCCAGUGAUUCCAGCAAUGAAAGCCUUCAACAACACAAUGCUGGAGAUAGCUAUUUCUCUGUUCAUGUAUACUCAGUAAGGGAUUCUGGGGACAGUCGCUGAUCAUUUGCUUGUUCUAGUCCAGUGGUUCUCAACCUGUGGGUCCCCAGAUGUUUUGGGCUUCAACUCCAAGAAAUCCUAACAGCUGGUAAACUGGCUGGGAUUUCUGGGAGUUGUAGGGCAAAACACCUGGGGACCCACAGGUUGAGAACCACUGUAAAUCUAGCCAAUCAUACAGAACUAAAGCGGGAUCGGCUAGAGUAGGAUCCCAUUCUUUCCCAGUCCAAGCUUCGCUGAAUGUUCACCAAAGGUUUGUGUUGCUCCAGUUCUCCUUAAUUAUUCUCUACAUGCCAAUGCUGCUAAAAACAUCCAAUUAGACAGUGGAGGCAGAGCUAUAUGGUUAUAAAAAUAUAUAUUUGUUAAAGACAGCUUCAUUGUCUGAGGCUUCAUUAACCUGGGUAUACCUGUAUUGAUACUGAAUGCCGCAAAUUGCUAUUACAAGAUAGGGGAAGAUAUUGCCAGACCAUAACUCCCAGCAUUCCUCAUCACUGAAUAUCUUGCUUGGGGUUUUAAUUUGUAGCAAAUCACUCCAAAAUCUAUUAGUAGAUCUGAUCCUACCUUCUACAGAUCCCAACCUAGCGAUUCUAUUCUUAUAUGGGGAAAGGGAUUUCUAUGUUACCCAAAUUUCAGGGAUCAGAUGUCUCAGAUGACAUUUUCAGGGUGCAGGUUAUCCGGGGAAAGAGACACAAGCUUUACAACAUUUGGUUGGUUCUGCUUGACAUCUUGUACUUCAGGGUUUGCAUGUUUUGUUGGUGACUUUUCAAGAGCAGGGGAAGGUUGUUUAAGAGCCGGGACUGAAAGGGUCUGGAUCAGCUUAGGUUGAGUUUGAGAGGACGUUGGGUAAACAUAGCCAUCAGUUUCAUAGAAAAACCAGUCGUAAUCCUUUGGAUUGUCUAGAAAGAGAGCUAGGAAGACAAUGAAAUGGGGAAAACAGGAGAUGGAUCAAGGGUUAUUUCAAUUCCUUCACCACACUUUGGUCCACACAGUUGCCUCACUUUCAAUUAAUCCAUCUAACCAAGAAUUCUUUGGCCAGAAGUAUCUUUCAUAAAAAGUACCUGCUAACCUAACCAAGCUCUUCAUGUACUUGAAGAAUGGCUCUGAUACCUUGUCCAAGUACUCUACCAAUGAUAGAUACAAUGCUAUACAAAUGUUGAUUUCGUUUAGUUUUCCUGUUCACAUAUUUGUUUCCUGGUGAAUGAGCAAUGGUUGGUAUCCUAUUGUUUGGUUACAAAUGAACAACCUAGAAUUCAGCAUUCAUAUUUACAAUCAUUGCCAUCAUUAGAAAUGCCCCCGUAGUAUGUACUAUUGGCAAAUAGGGUGCCAUAGGAUGAUAUUUCUAGCCCUCUCCAGCCACUGAGCCAUACCGUAGUACAAUGAUCAGAAGCAAGACCACAGAUGGAUGGUGGAAGGGGGCUAAAAAUAUGAUCCUGCUGUGCCCUGAUCACCAACAGAACAGAUCUCUGUCGCUCUAUGCAGCUGCUGACUUCAAUGGUAAGCUUAGAGAUUUGGUUUAAGAUGGGAUAGAUAGCAUUUGCGAUGUAGCAUCUUAGCCAUUGAAUGUUGCACUUCCUUAAACUGAGUCAGAACUAUCUAGCUCUACUCUGGUUAUAUUAAUUGGCAUCAGCACUUCAGACAUUGCUCAGUCUAGAAAUAACUAAGGAUCAAGCCUGGGACCUUCUGAUAGAAAGCAUGUGUUCUCAAACUGAGGUGCAACCCAAAGGAAAGGGGAUGCCUGCAGAUCCUUCAGUUCCUUAUGGUCAGCAAGGAUCUUGAAGCCACAGAGCUCAGCAUUGUUAACAUGCUUCUCUGGCCAUUUAGUACUAAUUGUAGAUUGAGUUUCUAGGAAUAUAUUUGAUUUUCAGUGAACUAUGCUAAACAUAAAGGAGUUUUGCAUCAAAGUACCCAGUCGGCUGCCCUUCCCUCCCCUCCCAAUAGACUGGACUCACCAGGGUCAUCAAAUCCAUCUUGAUACAGGCGGUGGUGGGAAAAUGGUUCCUUCUUGGAUCCUCGUCUGUAGGCACAAUAGACCCCAAUGAAGAGGCACAGAAUUAGGCCACAGCCCCCAAGGAACAGCCCCAUGGCAUGGCUGGCUCCCCCGUGAAGUUUUUCUGCUCCCAGUUGCCCUGUGUAGGAGGGAGGGAAAGGAAGUUGCACACAAAACAUCCUGAAUUUCGAUACCCAGUUUCUACUUGUUACCACCUAAUCCCAGUUCAAUUUCUCCUCUGUUAGGCAUAAAGCCAAGGGUCAGCAUGGGACAGUUUUCUGCCUGAAGCAAAGAACACAAUGGUGCUAUCUUUCUCCCAUUCCAUGUACAAAUUCAGACUGGACUCACAGUUGAACUUUUCCUUAAAACUGGUGGCCAGAGAGUAUCCCAUCCCAACCACACAUGGAAAGUCAGGCUAGCUUAAAGGUUCAGGGAAAGCCAUAAGGAAAAAAUCUUUACCUUUUACUAUAUUUAGAGGCAGCUGCCUCAUUCUGACUAAAGAUACAACCAGACCUAAAUUAAUCUGCCUGACAUACCAAAAAGAACAGCUUUCCUUUUCCAACUUAUAUUUGCGCCCCCCCCCCAAAAAAAAAUUCGUGGGUUUAAUUUUUUGAAGAUUUCAUUACUAUGUUAUUUCUAGGAAUCCUGGAUCUCUGCCUAGAAAUUCCUAGAGUUAAUUCAUCCACAGUCACUUUAAGUUUCUCUAGCAGAUGUUAGCAACAGAGGACCUAAUGAUUCCUAAAAAGGUGUUAUCUCAGAUUGAAGAAAUAUCUUUUUUUUAAUUUGAGCUUUUCCACUUCCCACAGGAAAGUGCUGGGCCUACUGUAUCAUUAAUAUAGUGCCCGCUCUUGUGACCAAUUCAACUUACUCCUGCAGUGCUUUCUGAUGAGGCCUUUGUUGUAUAAUCACCUUGUAUUAGAAUUUUAUGGGGUGCUCCAGUAGUCAUUGUCUUCCACAAAAAACUAAACUGACAGAAACUAUUGUAUUCAUAACUUGGGGACUGCCUGUACUCCUCUUUGAAAGUGCUCAUAGAGCCUCUGGUCCCCGAUGCUACACUCUUGGUAAUUCAUGAAUUCAUUGUGAUCAGUCCCUCUUGGUUUCAUUUCAGAUUUUCAUGACAGAGAAACCAAAACAAUAUCAAUAUUUUAUUGAAGUCUUUCAUGGCCGGAAUCACUGGGUUGCUGUGAGUUUUCCGAGCUGUAUGGCCUUAUUCCAGAAGCAUUCUCUCCUGACAUUUCACCCACAUCUAUGGCAGGCAUCCUCAGAGGUUUUGAGGUCUAUUGGAAACUAGGCAAAUAGGGUUUAUAUAUCUGUGGAAUGUCCAGGGUGGGAGAAAGAACUCUUGUCUGUUUGAGGCAGGAAGUGGGUUGCUGUGAGUAUUCCCCCAGGCAGGAAGCAGCCAUUCAAUGCUAAUCAAGGUGGCCAAUUGCAACAUUCACUCUUCUCUCCAACAGACAAGAGUUAUUUCUCCCACCCUGGACUUUCCAGAGAUACAUAAACCCCACUUGCCUAGUUUUCAACAGACCUCACAACCUCUGAGGAUACCUGCCAUAGAUGUGGGCAAAACGUCAGGAGAGAAUGCUUCUGGAACAUAGCCGUACAGCCCGAAAAACUCACAGCAACCCAAUAGCAAUAUUGCCACCUGCUGGAGGAUGUUAGACUACAAAACCCAACAGAGCUUGGGCACUGUAGCCAGUGCUAGGGAAUGUUAUAACUUCAAGUUCAACAUCUGGAAUGUUACAGGUCUCCACCUUUACUCCUCACCUUCCAGUCACUUGGAAACCUUCCUUGUUCCACAGAAACAAAGCAGGUGUUUGAGAUUUCAAUUUGAGGCUCUUCUCUAUCCAGAUAUAUUAUCUGGCAGGUGUAGCAGUUUGGACUUGAAUUAAGACUUUAAAGAUCAGGGUCAAGUCAAAUCAAUGGAAACUCACUGGAUUCCAUUGGGCAAAUCACUUUCUCUCAGCCUAAGAGGACAGCAAAGGCGGAUCUACUCUGAACAAAUCUCUCCAAGAAACCCCCAUGAUAGGUUUGCCUUAGGCUCAGCAACAACCUGAAGGCACACAACAUCAACAAUACAGGAUACAUAACAAAAUGUAAAGGGCCAUUACUUUGCCCAACUAGAUUCAUCCUUGCUGUAUAAUUUAGGGAUCUUUCUUUCAGUGGCUAUUUUCGAACACAGCUUAUGUUUAAAUAAAAUGUAUAUUGCAAAAUCAAA